GGACAUUUUAAGCUGUCGCGCGUCAGUAUUUGUCAGAAAUGUUGACGUGAAAAAUUCCCCAUCGACUAUGUUUUUCUUUUUACUCGUUUUUACACUAUGCUGGUGCUUUUCUUGUUUUAGUUCGGUAAAAGGUUUCGUGUACCCCAUGUGGGGCGAGGGUCACAGCCAGAAACAACAAGGACUGGAAAAAAACGAUGACGGGUGGGUCGCGGAAUUUUUAAUGGACUAUUUCGUGCUGCCACUUAAAGACGGAUUCUGCCACGUCUGUUCCAGCUUCCAGGAGGUCUACGAAUGUAUAGUGCGAUCCGAAUUAUUCGAAGAUAAGCAAACUCAAAAGCAAGCUUCCUACAUCGAAAAAACUCUGGAUAUUUUGGGAUUGAACUCGGAAAAUUCAACGUCUCCACCAUCUUGUUCCUAUUAUUCCAUUUUAGUGGUGGCAACAUCGACGAUAGUAUUCGUUUUGUCCAUGGUGUGCACGAAGAAGUUGCUGGACUAUUUUCGAGAAGAACACCGAAUAUUUUCAGAGAUGGCCGGCGAUUUUCCGAAAAAAUGUCCUUGUUUCGAUAAAGAUUAGAAUUUUGAAUAAAAAUUUUAGUAUUUCA